UUCCGCAACCUGAACGAGGUGCAAUUCUACCCUUUUGAACGACCUAAAAGCUUGCUAAGCCACCUCAGACGACGCCAUCUACCACCCACACAAGGUAUAUCGACGUACCGGUAUGUCACAAAUACUUGAAGAAGAAGCUUUAGUGGGUCUGCCGCUAGCACAAAUCCUGAGCCGAUGCCUGUCAAUUUGUUCUACCCUUGUGUCAACUUCCUCGUUCGCCGCUCAACAGCAACUCCACAGCCUACCCCAAGCUCUCGAGCAUAUUGGCGAAGGGCUCCAAGCUGUAUGCUACGGUCUCAUCGGCACAGACAAAGUCUACAAACGGGCUCACGACGGGAGCAACAAUACGGAAAAUAACACUGAGAACGUAGCUACUGAGUACGAAAGCUAUCAACAGCUCCGCAAAGCUUGGAACAGAUUCCCAGAUAUUAUGGAACUCGUUGAACUGCCCAAAGCGUUCCACUUUGUCACCCCCAGUACCCAUUUAGGGCAAGAAUGGUCGCAAAAGAACGAGAACUUGUUUCCUUCCGCCCACCAAAAGGUCACAAGUUGUUCUCAUUUUGGAGCGAAUCCUACCCCUCCCACGGAUAGUACGGCACUCGCUCAUCGACGAAUAGCUACCCAAUCAACACUCCGACCACGCUCUCGUCCUUAAAUCCUCCAAGUUCCAGAAGCAGUGCUUGGCUAGAGUCUUCCUUGGCGAGCGCACAAAAUCCGCAGAAAGCGUCCUCCAACGUCCUACCCAAAGAACCCGCGGUCUUUACUUUGCCAAACUUCCCCUUCUACGUAGACAUGAUGGAGACGCUAGGGCUCGAUCUUGACGUAUUUGCGCAGGCUUUGGCCAGGGCACAUGCGGUGAUACAUUGGGCCGCAAGGCUUGACGGGGACGAUAUCGAGUUUGUUCUGGGUACUU